CAGCGGUAUCCAGAGCCGUGGCGCCAUCGGACGCUAAGUCCCACCGAUCAUUCAGCAUUGACUCAAGAAGACCUCUGGAAUGCCUUCAAGGAAUAGCAGGCGAGGUGAUGAGAAGUCCAAUCAUGGCGAGGACGACGACGAAGUGGGUGCGAGUGCGGAGCUGCAGCGGUCGACAACGAGGUCACUGUUGCAUCGUGUGUUCUCGCGCGAGAACACGGCGACGACAGUAGCAACACCACCACCUGCCCCGACGGUCUCACUGACGCCGCUCGUUCGUCCGGCGUUGGCCAUUCGCAUGCUUCCAUCCUCCGCUGUGGAUACGGCCAACUUGUUCAGUUUCGGCGACAUUUACCUGUCGGACUUGAGUAACUUGCGCCAAUUUGAAAUCGUCAACUUGCAAGCGUGUCCCGUGCGUGUGGACCUGAAAGCCGACAUUCGCAAGCCCUUCCACGCGACGUCCUGGGGGUUUCAGACACACAACGAGAACCUUACCCUCGUUCAUGUCGCGCCGCACGACGACAUGAUGGACGACAACGACAGCAUCGGGUUCACCCGAUCUCACUCCAAGUCAUCGAUGGCGUCGUCGUCCGCGGCCGACACGACGUAUCUGGACGAAGGAUUCAACGAACUGUUCAACCAAAUGGGGCUCAUCGAGUCGCUGCUCCUUCAACCAAACCAAACCCAACGAGUUAUCUUUUCCAUGUGCGUCAAGUUCGACACAGCCCCGCUGCAGCACUCGUCGUCGGGCCUGUCCAGCAACCGCCCCACCGACGACUCGUCCGACGACGAGCGGCUCCAUUUGCACGAAACGUCCUUUGUCGCGCUGUCCGGCCGCCUGCUCUUCGCCACGACUGUGCUCGAACCAAAUGGCGUCGCUUCAUCGUCCCGCCCUCCCGUCUCCACUCCGUCGGACGGCGGCGCCGCGACCAUCGCCGUGCCUCUCCACGGCAACGUGUGUCGGUCGCUGCUACGCCUGGACAUCAAGGACCUCCACUUUGACGACUGCGUACCCGGCGGGUCGUACGUCAAGGAUUUUACCGUGUGGAACCGGUCGGAAAUCCCCCUCAUCUUCCGGCUCGUGACGUCGUCCGUGUCGACGCCGGAGAAGCAGCUGCUCACGUGCUCCGACUACAACACUGGCUACGCCCUUGGCGAAAGUCCGUACACGGUCGCCGCCUACAGCCACAUGCGCGUCCGCGUCACGUACCGCCCCAUGGAGGUGGGGGAACAAUUCUUUGAAAUUCUGGCGCAGAAUUUGCACGACUCGCGCAACGUCAAGACGCUGAAAAUCCACGCCAUUGCAUCCAAGGAACACCACCGGGAAGGGCUGUCGAUUCGGGAUCCGAAUGGAUCGUACUUGAUGGGGGGGGGUCUGCUGGACUUUGGGGAUUGCUACACGGGGUUUCCCACGUCCAAGGUGCUCGUGCUCAAGAACAUGACCGAGGCGGCGCUGCACAUUGAGCUGCUAAGUGAUCGGCCCAAGGAAGUCACGUUCGAGCUCAAACUCGCCCACACGAACCGCCAUGCGAUGCGGUCGACGCGGUCGCGCAUGGGGUUUGGCAGUCUGGACGAGCCGCUGAGUCCUUGUGAAGGCGACCGCCGGCUGUCGCUGUCGCCGCCUCUGUCGCCGUCCAAAAGCACGAUGAUGUUGGCGACGGGGGGGGGCUCUCCGUCCGCCCUGCCGCCUUCGUCCCCGACCAUCGGGGAAGGCACGCUCGACAGCGACGACGAGCCCGACGAACAAGACGGCGACUUCCACGACGAAGAGUCGGCGCUCUACACGCCUCGUAAACGCGGAUCGUUUGACGACCAAUUGCUCAGCGAAGCCGACGACAUUGACGACGACAUGGAGUUUGACGGGGACAAACAGGCGACGAGCAGCGUCGUGCCUGUUGCCACGUCACCGAAAGACGACGGCAAAGCGUUGGCGCUUUCAAUUCGCACGCGAGCCAAGCAGAGACCCCACCGGCUGUCUCGGAUGAAGGAUUUGGUCGAAUCCGGAGUCGAGAGCAGUGGAGCCAGCGUGUGUUCGUCGCCGGAACGCUACUCCAAGAAGAAGCAUAUUCAAGGAGGAUCAACUAGUCGAACGUUCAAAGGCGCGUCGUCGGCGGCAGCGGCAUCGGCGGCAUCAGCGGACCACAUGAACAAUUACUUGGUCGAGGCACUGGACCUGCCGCCGGGCGUCGAACGCACCGUGCUCGUGUGGUACUGUCCGCCACUGAAAGCCAUGGACGACACACUGAAGUGCUGUCGAUUGACCAAGCAGAGCUUUCGGCUCAACUUUCGCUGCUACACGAUCGACGGCGGCGGGUCCGGGUGGACGGCCGGAGGGUCCUCCCAACGGGUGUACGACCGCAGCCUCGGCAAAAGCCUCAUGGUCGGUGCGCGGACGUGCACGUCUUAUGUGACGCUGUCGCCGUCGACGCUGCACUUGGGGGACUGCAACAUUGGCGAGUUCAAGAGCAGCUCGCUGACACUGACCAACCAGUCGGAGCUCCCGACGGUUGUCAAGCCAUCGGUCGUGUCCAAGGUCAUCUCGACCGCACCCAACGACGCCAUCACGCUCGGCCCCAAGCAGUCGGUCGAGCUCAAAAUCGAGAUCAUUCCGCGGAAAACCAACCCCAGCUACUCGCGCGUCGUGUCGGUGGUCAACUUGAACAACAAGGCCAACGUCGCCACCGUGUGCGUGCGCUCGAGCAACAUGGACGCCCAUCAUGUCAUCUACCACUCGCUCUUUUACAAGCUCGUGACCCCGUCCAAGUCGGCCUUUCUCAACUUUGAACACGUGGCCGCCAACUCGAUGGGUAUGAAGGUAUUCAUGUUGGAAAACAUCACGCACGCCCCUCUGCGCCUACGCAUCCAGUCGAGCGACCUCUCGCGCGUCCAGCUGUACUGCGUCGCCGAUGCCACGACCAAGUUGGUCACGACCCCCACCACGUCGUCGCUCGUGUCCCCGCCGUCCAUGGUCAACCUCCCGCCGCCAUCAUCCAAGGACGUGCGGGGCAAACGCGCCGCGCUCCGUCGGCGGCGAUCCAUUGGGUGUGUGUCAGAACUCGCUCCGAAGCCGAAAACGUUGACGUCGUCGGCGCGCAUCGCAGACAUUCUCAAGCGAAAAGGGUCUAAGCCCGUUCUCGUAGACGACCUCUUCACGCUACCGGCACCCGCGUCGUUGGUCCAGCCGAAAAAAGACGUGGACACUACCUACCUCCCUGGCGUACCCAGCGACAUGCACGAGGUGCUUGGGUUGUUUGACUCGAACUGGCGGUGGGACCACGAAGACGAGAUGGUGGCCAUGGUCCGCGAGCGCGUCCGGCGGUUUCACGCGCUUGUUCUGGAGAAGCACAUCGUCCCCAUCUCCACGGCUACCGAGUGGAACCUCCGCAUUCCACCCAAGCGGUCGUUUCCAAUCCUAGCCGUGUUUACCCCCAAAUGGGGCGACGUGGUCGAAGACAAGACCCGCGUGGAAAAGUUCAAAGUGUACAUCACACUGCCCGCGGGCGGCAACAAGCCGAUCGGGAAGCUCAACCAUGACGCGUACGUACACCAUCCGUUCGACACGCGGCCGUCCGUGCGCGAACUUCUGCUCAAGAGCCGCGUGUGCCGCAGCGUGUUGAACGUGAACCAAAAGAACAUCAACUUUGGCCGCAUCACGACCUUCUCCAAGAGCUCCAAGAAGGUGCUGAUCCAUAACGCGUCGGCGAUUCCGCUGAUUUACAUGGUCGAGAAGACCGGAUCCAUCUCAUCUGGGUUCGUCGAGAUCAAGGAUGGCGCGCAGGGCGUGAUCAAAGCAUUUGGAACCCGCCAAGUGCACUUUGAAUUUCAGCCGACGCUCGCCGGCCCAUUUGAAGAGAAGCUCAAGAUUCUCAACGUGCAGGACACGGACAACUCUGUGUUUAUCACGAUCAAGGCCAAAGUCGUCAAGCGCGAGACGUUCAAGCUGCCCCAGGCCGGCCAACCCGUCAACGUCGGCACGUGCUUGGUGGGCGAGAAGAGCGACGUGUUCAAAGUCACGAUCCGCAACAUGAGCCGCAAGAAGCGCGAGUACGUGAUCGAAGUGGACGCGGGCUUCUCGACGCCGUCGCUGCGUCCGACGUUUCAGUUCUCCAUGGACGACGUCCCCGCCGCCAACAUCACGCAAGCGCAAGAGAAGAAGCUUGACGAAGAGCUCGAAAAGCUCGAGCACAAGCUGCGCAUUGCCAUGACCAAGAAAAAGGACGACAAGAUCAACCAACUCAACUCGAAAAUUAGCCACGUCAAGGCCCUGCUCAGCGGCGAAGAAGUCGCGCCAGCCGCCAGAGCCAUCUCGUACGACAGCGGCAACAGCGACACGGAGAGCGAAACCGAAUCCAAGCACAACGCCCGCCGCAAUAGCCGCCACAAAUCACUCACGGCACUGCACACGAACAAUGGGGCACCGACGCAGGUCAACAUUUUGCACUUUACGUUGGAGCCCGAAGCGACGGGUCGAAUCGUCGGCGACGUGACGUUCCACCAAGCGGCGACUACCGACACCGCGACCCCUCCUCCGGGUACAACGCACGCCCCCAAGCCCAGCAUCCGGCACCGCGGCCAACGGCAUCGCAAGGGAAAGACGUCGACCCUUGGGGCUGUGCCCGUGUUUGGCCACGGCAAGUUGCUCUUUUACGAGCAGCAGAACAAGGACGUGAUGAAGGAGCUCCAGUACAAAGCCGACGUGUACCUCCGCACGCCGGCGGGGGAGGCAGCGUACUGCCGCACGACCCACAAGACGCUGCUGCCGCCCCUGCCAUCCCUCAGACACAAAGCUGACAACCUCCACGCGUUAAGUGUGGACCUCAACUGCGACCAGCUGGGGAGUACAAGGGGGUACAUGCUGCUGCUUCCCGUGGACGAAGCACCUUGCGAUACGCCGGGGUGGAGCGUCCAGCUGCGCGUGCGAGAACCGGUGCAGGUGGAGCUGCGAUGGCUGGCCGCCGACCUGCUGCAGGACUUGAUCGUGUUUUCCGCCCAAGUACUCGACCAAGAAGGACCAACGUCGCUGCUGCCGAUUACGCUGACGUUGGUUCCUGAUACAACGAUUACAGUGCUGUUCAAGUGGUCAUUCUCGGCCAAGUGUGGCCAGGGAUCCAGUGCGCCGCUUGGUCGGGUGUUACCGGUCGAUGUGUUUGGUACAAAGCCGAACGCGGACCUGCCGGCGGGCCACCUCGCGUUUGCCAGUAGUAGUACUAGUAGUACUAGCGGCUUGGUUGGUCCGGUGGUGUCGUCCGUGCUGGACGUGGCCGUCGUCAAAGCCAAGCCACGGUCCCUCCAAGUGGACUCUGAACGCAUCGAUUUGGGCGAACUGCAGCUGGGUUCCCAAACGGCGUCACAUUUUUACAUUCGCAACGUGUCGACGCACGCCAUCAAGUUUCUCAUUUUGGUGAGCUCGGAAGACCCGAGCCAGCUCGCCAUCGACAACGCCACCGGACGCAUCGAAGCCUCGGGCACGACCAUGAUCCGGUUCACGUACACCGGCCUCGUGUCUGGCAAGCGGUCCGAGCACAUUCUAGUGAGGAACUUGAGUGACAAACUGGAUUUUACCACGCUUGGCGUCGCUGUGCGGGUCACGCGACCAGUAUACGUCCGGAUUCCAGAGCUAGAUCCACACAUGACGGGCCAGCUAUUGGACCUGAACAUUGGGCCGUGCUACGUGACGAGCGGCGACGAAGCCAACGCCAAGUUUAGCAAGAUCCGAAAGCUAACGCUUGUAUCGCAAGUGACGGACACGCUGCUGCUGAGUGCGUCGUCCAACUUGAAGACGCAGUGCUACGUGUACCAAGAUGCGGCGCUGCAGCACGACGCAGCCAACAUCGUGCUCCCGGGUAUGGAGAGUCUCGACCUGUUCAUUGCGUUUCGGCCGCGGCUCCCGGCGGACGCGUUCAAGACGGGCGUCGCGCGAGACCUGGUUGGAGGCAUCCGCAUCCAGCUGCACCGAGACAAGGACGAGUACGAACGAACACUUGCCGCCGAGUUUACCGUCAAGUUUGUGGGCGUGGCCGGGGCCAGCUUGGCGAGUGUGUCGUCGCAUUUGCUGGACUUUGGCACUGAAGCCAACGUUGGGCGGCUCACGCGGUGCAAGGUCCACGAAGGCAAGUUUGAACUGGCCAAUUGGAGCAAGUCGUUGCCGCUGCGGUACCGCCUGCAUGUGACCCACGGCGACGCGUACUCGGACGACGACGGCAGUUUGCGCGUCGCGCUGCGCCACGAAAAGGGCGACAUCCCGCCCGGUGAGAGCGGCGAGAUCGAGUUUGGCGUGAUGGCGUACACCCACGGGUACUUUCGGCGCCGGAUUGUUGUGGAAAACGUGUUCAAUCCCAUGAACGUGAAUAUCGUGGACGUGGUGCUGUUUGUGGACAAUGGCACGGUGUCGGUCACGUCCGGGGCGAGUGGCGGCAGCGUCGUGCGCUUCGGCAACCUCCCGCUCCUCCGUGCCGACGACCUCUUUGGCCACCAAACGACGCCGUCAGAGGCACACAUCAUGACGUGCACCCGGAGGCGGUACCGGAUUUAUCUCCACCCUUCCGUCCCACGCACCAUCUUUGUCACGAAUCGGUCUGUGGACGUCCUUCGACUGCGUCCGUUGAGCAACUUGCCGCUCCAGUUUGGGUGGCAGGAUAUGAACGAAGUGGCCAAUCACCCGUUUGCGAUGACCAUCGAUGGCCACAACGCGCGGGAACUCGUGUCCGUCGACCGAGCAUCCCCCGUCCUCGCCGACCAUGUCAACCACCACAUGCUGUACCAUGGGGACGUCGGGACGUGUCCGCCCCAGUCGACCGUGCAGCUGACCGUCUCGUUCGCGUCCGUGGCGAGCUCCCCGUCGCUGCCGCUGGACGUGAUUGAGUCGGGCCGCACGAUCCCCGUGGAUGGCUUUGUGGCGCUGCAAAGUUUUGACGACACCGACAACGACGACGGGUCUGAGGCCACGACAUUGGGGCUCAUGCACGUGUCGGGCACGUUCGGAGAGUCCAAGCUCUCGGUCGUGAACCCGUCGCUGUCACUGGGUAAACUCGGGUAUGGCCAGCCCAAGACGUUUGAGAUCCAAGUGAAGAACCUGUCGGAACUGUCAGGGUUGUUUUACUUGGGCGCGUUACCGUCUUGCUUUCGCCUUGUGGACGUUCGAGGUGCCAGCAAAGCGCGGUCGUCGCAGGCGACGUGGCAUGACAGACCUCUGCAGCACAUCCCCCCCCUAAAGCACAUGGCCGAGCGAGUGUGUGCUCCCGUGGCGUGGGAAUUGGACGGAUAUGACUCGGCCAUGCUGGAAAUCGAGUGUCUCCCAGAGUGUCUCACGGCCGGCAAGCACGAGCUGAGUGUGUCGAUUUUGAACGCCCACAACCCGCACAACGUAGAGCGUGUGGUCGUGCAUGUGCAUGUGAUUGCCAAGUACGUUGAAGUAUCGCUCGACCCGACGGCGCUCAACCCGUCCAAGCCCAUGGAGACCAGCGUCGGGUACUUUGCGCCCUUGUCGCCGUCCACGUCGUCCGUCGGGCUCGUUUGCACUCUGGUCAACGUGUUUGAUGAAAGCGUCGACAUCCAUCUCCAGUGCGACACGCUUGCCCACCUCAAACAACUGGUGGAGCUGGAAAUUGUGUCGCGGUCGUCGAAAACUCCGGUGGCGGCGCUGACGUUGGCGCCCGGGGAACGCGUGGACGUCCGCAUCAUGUGUCGGUUGGCGGCGUCGCGGGGGGCCACUUGGCCGUUUUCGUUCACCAGCAGCGGCGGUAACGGAGCGGCGGCUUCAUCGAGUCGAUUCGACGACGCUGUGCCGUGGGGGGUCGUGUCGAUUCGGGCGUGUUGCUCGAACGUGGUGCUGUCGUGCUCGGGGCGCAUUGACCUGCACGGAAGUUUUGCACUCGGCCAGACGUUUACCGUGUCGACUACGUCAGUGUCAUUUCAAGCGAGGGCGAUCCACGAGCAGCAGCAACCGCCGCACGCGACCCCCCGCGCCUACCAAGUACUCCCCAAGCUGAGCUCGUUUACGAUCCAGAACCCAUCGACGACGUCGCCGCUCGUGUUUUCCAUCGAGUCGACGUCCAAGCGAUUUGUGACCAGUCGAUUCCGGCUCCAUGGAGGUAGUGACAUGCACGAUACCCUCGUGGCCAAGUGCACCCCCGACCACGGCCACAUUCUGCCUGGCGAGUCGAUGCAGAUCGCCGUGGAAGUUGGGGCGUCUUCCCUUGGGAACAGGAGCGACGUGAAAACGAUGCAAGUGAUUGUGCGCGACAAGGAUCAGUCCCAUGUGACUGUCGACAUUGUGAUGGACCUGGACGACGAGUCAUUCGAGGCCCGCCAAUCGGGAAGCAGUAACACCGUCGUGGCAUCGACGGCCCAGAGCCGGUCGUCUGGGCUGGUCGUGUCCAGUGACCAGAGCACGCGGGCGUCGGCAAUGUUGGCACCUCCGUGUAAAGUCCCCACGACGACCGCCGUCACACCGGCCGUUCUCGGCGACGAUUCCAGCUUUGAACAACGACCUGGUGCAGAUGACGGCGACGAUCUCUCCCCCUUGUCCCCCACGACGACAACGUCCUGCCCCCCGUCGUCUUCUUCAUCGUCUGAUAUUAUCACGUUGCGGGGGUGUACCCCCGCGGAAAACUCGACCCUUGAGAACGCGCUGUACGUGAUCGACGUGGGCCAGCACACGGUGCGCAGCGGCGGCGACGUCGAGUGGGAGAUCUCCCUCCACGUAGAGCGGGAAGUCGAGUACCGGAUGUACUUGGCGGAUGCGAACGCCAAGGCGUGGCUACAGCUCAGCCGCACGCACGGCACGAUCGUCAGCUUUCAAACCAUCAUUCUGCGGCUCGUGCGGGACGUCGUGGGCGUGUUCUCGACGUUUGUCGUGCUGGAGAACUGCACCAACCCGAGGGACCUCAAGCUCGUGCGCGUCAAGUUGGAAGUGAUCGCCGACCUCAACGCCGUCCGGGCCAUGUCCAAGGCUUCCGACAACCUCUUCCGGGUACUCGUGUCGUGCUACUCAAGCUCCAAGCGCCAACGCCGCAAGUCGAGCGAAGAUCUGCUGGGGGGCCUGACGUCUGGCAAACUUGAGAUCGAGUACGGCGAUGUGUUUUACGAUAAACUGUACCACAACCACUCGCUCGUGCUGGAGAACUUUAGCGGCCUCUCGCUUGACUUUAUGCUGACCAGCAACGGCCGCGCCCACGAAGUCGGGUUCUCCAUGUCCCCCAACUCGUUCAACGAGAUCUCGUCCGUGACCUUGGCAGCGUAUGCCCGUCUCCAGGUAUUCCUCAACUUUCGACCGGCGCCGCGCACCCAAACGCCUGAAGCGCCCACGAUCAGCUGGGUGCGCAACAUCGAAGUGUACGUCAACUGCCGCCUCGUCAAGGACUUUCGUGAGACAGUGUUGCUCAAAGCAAUCUGCAACUACCCCCAAGUGAACCUCCACAUUGCACGCCAUCAGCCCACGCCCGGCCACGCCGCGAGCUACCACGAACCCGCCGCGCCGUACUUUCCAUCGCAGCCGACGUUCCUUGGCAUGGGGUUCAUGGCCCCCGAGAGCGUCCUCGUUGGCGACGGCGGCGAGAUCGACGCCAAGUUCCUCGUCAUGAAGAACGCGACGCAGACUGCCAACGCCCACGUCGCGAUCCGCAACGACAGCAUGUUCUUCGAUGUGGCGACGGAUCACAUUUUCCGCGCGGCGACGGGCACGUGCGAGGCAGCGGGAGAGGGGUGGACCGGGAUGGUCAAACUCGAGCCGAGCGACGUGGCUGUGUUCAGGAUUCGGCCCAACCUGGAGCUGCUCCGAAAGAACCGCCAGCAGUGGGAGCACAGCGUGAAGGAGCACAUUGCAUUUUACAACAUGAAGCAGUUUGCCGAGCACUACCAUGUGUCUCUGAGCUUCACGCCGAGCAACACGUCGAGCUUUUACGUGGCGCCGCAGCUGCGGGAAUCGUACCCGUUCUCGACCCUUGAAGACACGAUCGCCAAGUUUCUGCGCCAGUACAACGGGUUUUGGAAGUGGCUCGCGAUGGCGCUGCUGACGGCGGAACACGAUGCGACGGCCAUGCUGUUCGACCUCGAAACCGCCAUCGACCAUGUGCUCCCCGUGAGUCCCCGCCCCCAUCCAUCGCCCCACGCCCGCGACCUGCUCCAAGAUAACUUUGCCCAAGCAUACCGCGCCCUGUACUUUGACUUUUACUACAUCACAGACGAACUCAUCUGGUACGGGAUCCGCAGCAGCGCCGGCCGCCACGCCAUCACGCUGGCCGACCUCGUGUACGGCGUCGUGUUUGGCCAUGAAGUGUUUGGCGCCAUCUUCAACCGCAGCACCCGAGUGGACGGUUCGUUCCCGCCCACGACCGUCGCGUUCGCCAACCAACGCCUCGACAUGCGCAGGCUGCUGUUGCCGUGGACGCGCCAGCUCGGGUACUUUCUGAGCUUCUUUCCGGAAACACAAGAGGCCACGCUCGCGCUGAGGCAAAUGUACGAGCCGCUCAAGCAGUUUGACAUGCAUAGGUAGUUAAAAGACACGGGGACAACAUCAACGUAGUACUACUAGUUGGAGGCCACUUGGGGCAUUAUUGUUAACGUGUAUCAUGGUGGUGUGGAUAUAUCUACUACUACUCAUCCCCAGUCCGCAAGGCCGUGGUGGGAGAACACUUGCGGGGGCGCAGGCACCAUGGAUGGAGGGAGGAGAAGUGGUUGGGCGGACGAGUCGUUGGUCGUGCCAGAGGUCGAACUGACAACUGUGGUCCAUGGCAUGGAUGAGACGGAUGUCCUUGGACGCUGGAAGCGGUCAUACCAUUCCUUGACCUUCAUCUUGUGGAGUCGGCCGCGAGUGUGCCGCCGCCGCGACUCGGACGUGUCCGUGAACGACUUUUGGCAGUACUCGCAUGUGAAUCUCGAUUGCCCCAUCGCAAUGAAAAAGGCCG